AUGCAUCCGCCGCGCUUACACUUCCUCCUCCUUCUCACCCUCCUCGUCUCCGCCGCCUUCCUCCACGUCACCUCCGCCGCCGAUGACAAUGACAAUGACGCAGAUGAUGUAAACAAUCUUGUUUUCGAGAAUCCAAGUCUCCGGAGAGCAUACAUUGCUCUUCAAGCAUGGAAAACCGCCAUCUUUUCCGACCCGUCCAACUUCACCGCCAACUGGACUGGCCCAGCCGUUUGUUCCUACGGCGGCGUGUUCUGUGCUCCUUCCUUGUUAAACAGCUCGAAUAGAGUGGUUGCCGGAAUUGACCUCAACCAUGCUGAUAUCGCUGGUUACCUCCCACCGGAGCUCGGCCUUCUAACAGACCUCGCUGUCUUCCACAUUAACUCCAAUCGGUUCUGCGGCACUGUUCCAAAAACUUUCAAGAAGCUUAAGCUCCUUUUCGAGCUUGAUUUAAGCAACAACCGUUUCGUCGGGGCUUUUCCCACGGUGGUUUUAUCGUUGCCGGUGUUGAAAUUCUUGGACCUCCGGUUCAAUGAAUUUGAAGGGUCUGUUCCAUUUAAACUUUUCGAUAAGGAUCUUGAUGCAGUUUUCUUGAACGAUAACCGGUUUAAGUUCGGUAUUCCUCCGAAUUUGGGUAAUUCGCCGGUGUCAGUGCUUGUUUUGGCCAACAACGAUCUCGGUGGGUGUCUUCCGGCGAGUAUUGGACAAAUGGGGUCGACGUUGAAUGAGAUUAUUCUCAUGAACGACAAUUUGACGAGCUGUUUGCCGGUGCAAAUUGGAGCUUUGAAAAAGGUGACUGUUUUCGACGUGAGCUUCAACAGUCUUCAAGGGCCGUUGCCGGCGGCGAUAGCCGGAAUGAGGAGUGUCGAGCAGCUGAAUGUGGCACAUAACAAGUUGACAGGGGUGGUGCCGGACAGUAUUUGUAAGUUACCCAGGUUGCAAAACUUUACUUUCUCUAACAAUUACUUUACUGGAGAAGCGCCGUCAUGUGUUGCCACCGGAGGUGGCGGUGGCAAGGUGUUUGAUGAUGGUAAGAAUUGUAUUGUUGGGAAAGCGAAUCAACGUUCCGGAAGGGAGUGUUCUUCUGGUGAUGCACGUCCUGUUGAUUGUAGUAAGUUGCAGUGUGGUGUGUCUCCAUCGCCGGUUCCAGUUCCAUCUCCACCGCGCUCUAAGUCGGAAUCUCAGUCUAGGAGAAGAACUCCGCCUGCUCCACCAGCUCCAAAACUGUCUCAGCCACCAAGGCAAAAAGUCAAGGCUGCUCCACCGCCUCCUAUUUUUGAGACUUCACCAAAUAUGAGGUCACGUCCUCCACCGCCGCCUACGGAUAGAAGUUCUUCAAAACCCAACCUUCGACCACCACCUCCGACUUGGCAAGUCUCACCAAACAAUCGACAUGCACCACCACCUCCAACUUUUGAAUCUUCACCUGUAACACGUGUUGCCCCACCACAAUCACCGCCACCACCACCUCCUCAUUCACCUCCACCACCACAAUCACCACCACCACCACCACCGCCUCCACCACAAUCAUCGCCACCACCUCCUCCCCAUUCACCACCACCUCCACCACCAUCACCACCACCUCCGUCUCCGUCACCACCUCCACCACCAUCACCACCACCUCCGUCUCCGUCACCACCUCCACCAUCGCCACCACCUCCGUCUCCUUCUGCUUCUCUCUCGCCUCUCGUCUCCUCUAGCACGGCGGCGACUGCAAAUCCUUCUGCCUACGUCUCCGGAAACGCCUAUUACAUUGUGAGUUGA